UUCCGCCCAUAUCUCUCUCUCUCUCCUCUUCUCUCCCUAUCCUCACCGCCGUUCUCUGCUCUCGCAUCCCCUCUCUACCUCUUACUUCAAAUUCCCCCUCAAACCCUAGUUCCUAAUAUAUCAGCUUCAUCGUGCUCUUACCUCUCUAUCAAUCUUCGAAAAAAUUCGUUCUGGUGUCGUUUAAUUAUUCUUUAAAUUAUCAGUAAGUUCCAGCUUAGACGGAGCUUUAGAGAAUCGAAGAAUGGCAAGUUCGACGACGAGUAAUGUCUACGUCCAGGUGAUCGAGGACGUCAUCAGCAAAGUCCGUGACGAGUUCCUUAACAACGGCGGUCCUGGCGAGAGUGUCCUCAGCGAGCUUCAAGGGAUGUGGGAAAUGAAAAUGAUGCAAGCGGGUGCCAUAUUGGGUCCGAUAGACAGGUCUUUGGCACCGAAGCCGACACCAGGUGGUGUUAUUACCCCUGUUCACGAUCUCAAUGUACCUUAUGAAGGGACCGAGGAGUACGAAACUCCCACUGCUGAUUUACUGUUUCCUCCCACGCCAUUGCAGACUCCCAUGCAAACGCCUCUACCAGGAACAGCUCAGACACCUUUGCCGGGAACUACCCAAACCCCUUUGCCCGGGACAGCUGACAGUUCGCUGUAUAACAUUCCUACUGGUGGAACUCCUAUCACCCCCAAUGACUACCCUGCCCUGAAUGACGCUGGUGGUGUUACUGAGAUGAAAGCUGGGAGGCCCAGUCCAUACAUGCAACCACCUCAACCUUGGAUGAGCCAAAGGCCUCCGCUUGAUGUCAAUGUUGCUUAUGUGGAAGGCCGUGAAGAGGUGGACAAGGGAGCGUCUCAUCGACCAAUGACCCAGGAUUUCUUCACGAUGUCUUCUGGAAAACGGAAACGAGAUGAUUUUGCAUCGCAAUACCAUGCGGGAGGAUACAUACCACAACAAGAUGGAGCUGGAGAUGCUACAUCUGAGGAGGUUAAGGUAGGUCAUGGUAGCAGCACUCAAGGUGGCUUGGUCACUGCUGCUAGCCGAGGGAUGCUUUUACAAGGGGUGAGGAUGUCUAAGAGGAUUCCUCAACUGGAUGGGCCAAUGCCUGACCCUUAUGAUGAUGUGCUUUCUACACCUAACAUAUACAAUUAUCAAGGAGUUGUCAAUGAAGACUACAAUAUAGUGAACACACCUGCACCAAAUGACAUACAAGCAGCUACUCCCGCUGCCGUCAUCCAGAAUGAUGUUGGAGAAGAUGAUGAGGAUGAGCCCUUGAAUGAAAAUGAUGAUGAUGAUUUGGAUGAAGUGGACCAAGGGGAGGAGCAUAACCCAAAUCAUUUAGUUUUGGCCCAGUUUGACAAGGUGACGCGCACGAAGAGCAGGUGGAAAUGUACUCUAAAGGAUGGCAUUAUGCACAUAAACAAUAAAGACAUUCUCUUCAAUAAGGCGACAGGAGAGUUUGACUUCUGAUUUUGUUGAAGAGAUCUCAGUUGCCAACAAUGGCAAUUGCAUUUGAAGGCAAAUCUGAAAUAUGAAUGUGUUUUGCAAUUUGCCAUAAAUUAUUAUCUUUGAAUGGAAAACUUUGAGGGAAGAGGAUGAGGUGCCAUUCGAGGGGUUAGAUGGGUGGCCAGUUGUACAUAAAGGGAGAGUUUUUGGCCCUAAAUGGUUGUUUUUUUCCCUUCCUGAAGCUAAACAUUUCUCUAAUGGAAUGUGUAAUUCAAUAUACUGUAUACUUGGUGACAUAUUGGUUAAUUUACAAAGCAAUUGUGUUUUUGUCUUCCAUUUCUUUUAUGA